AUGCCUAUUGUACCUGAUACACCAACUGUGGAUAACUCGGAGAAUUUCGAGCCAGAAUUCGAACCCGAGCCAGAAGAAAAUAAUGGGGCAUUCUACUUCUGGGGUCGCAAUGUGAUAAUUGCUAAAAAUGAUGACUAUGGAUCAACAGCGACUAUUAAUCAGGAUUUAAUUAUUAGGAAAGAUAUCUCAUUUAUGCCUUGUGAGCCUUUCUAUAAAGAUUUCUUUCACAAAGAGCAAUCAUGGGGAUCUUCCAAAAAAGAAAACAAGGAUAGCAAAAAGAUAAAGAAUCGGGAAGGAGUUGAAAUCAAGAUCACUCCAGAAGAAG